UGGCUGCGUCACCCGACUACGUUAUCGCGACUCACGUGACAGUGGGGCAACGGAAGAAGCGCCCACCUACUGUGUGAAGCCCCGCCAUUCUCUCCGCUGUUGCCAUGCCUGAUCACGGACGGCGAGCUCUGCACCGAGUGUGCGACUCGGUAAGCGGCGUCAACUGGCGCCCGACGCGGUUCGUCGACGAGUUGAUGCUGACUCGUUACGCCUGCUGCGCGUGCCACGUGAUUCCGAGCACGACGGUUGUACUACCCUGUUGUCACGCCCUGUGUGAGCAGUGCCAGCGAGGCUCCGUCGUUCAAGAUGGCGGAUGCGUCUGCCCCCUGGACGGAGAACCCUUCUGCGAGGACGAGUGCCAGAAGUGGCAGCUUCCGGAGAGAAAGAAGCAGAACCUGAAGGCUUACUGCUGGAACGAAGCCCAAGGCUGCAAUUUCGUCGGCCCCCUGGCGGACCUCUUACGACACUUCGAGGCAGAGUGCGCCUUCCACUCAUUCCCGUGUCAAGAGUGCGGCGAGAACGUCCCGAAUGCUCAGCUGGCAGCCCACUACAUCGGCGGGUGCAGCAACGGUUCCUCGCCUGGUGGCGCCACCGUCGUUACCGAUGACGUAGCUGCGGCUCGGCGAGACGUCGUGGAGCCAUGGAAGAACACCUACGAAGACGAUAUCUCGACGCUUCAGAGCCAGGUGAACGAGCUUACGCAAGCUGCCAGAAUCCACGGCGCUCCAUCACUGGAGGAGUUGAACGCCGCGCUGACGGCAAGCCUCCAGUCCCUGAAUGCCAAUAUUGCGCUGGCCGCCGAGAAACUCUCCGAGACAAUUGGCGAAGUCUCGCAGGCGCAUCAGCGCAUGCUGUCUCGGUAUGCAGAGGAAACCUCAUUGGCAAAAGAAAGUGAGGCGAUCCGUAGAGCAAGGCGUUCUGAUGCAGAGACGGCAUGGCGGGAGGAAACAAGAGACAUCCUUCGAAAUUUGGAAAUAUGUGCCAGAGAAUCAGUGUCCUGUCUUCAAUGCAUGUAUCGAUCGGUAAGAAAAAAUGAAGACGAUCUUUUUCCUACAGUUCAGGUGUUUCCAGUGCCACCGAGAAUUGACGACUCGACUGCAAGAAUGGGAUACUCAUGCCCGCCAAGCUGCGCAGAAGUGAAAGAAGCAGUUUAUCUUGUGUUCGUAUCAAACCCCAAUGAAAUUUCUCACAUCUGCUGGCCUUUUUAUGCAGAGGCUAGCUUCCAUCGACGAGGCGCGUGGUGCAGAGUUCUAUUUGGGGCAAAUAAUGAUAAGUAUUGGAAACGCUGCCUCGAAUUCCAUUGGAGUUGUGAGCAGAGAACUAUCGGCAAUGUACCGGGCGUCGUUAGGGUGUCAGUAUUACACAAGGGAAGUUACUUUGAUUUACCGCUGGUGGAAGAACCUAAUCCCUUACGGCAGAUUGCGUACACCGAAAAGGAAUGGUAUACGUACGAACAUGAAAAGCAACUGAGACUUGAAAUCGUCGUACGUGACUGACAAUAGCGCGCGCCUCAUUUCGUCACUCGUCAAACGUUUUACAGCUUUGCCCAUUCCGGGACUCCAAGCCAGCAAGCACCAACAUCGUGUUGUAUGCUGAAGCAGGUGCUUACACUCAUUUUCGAGAGUAAAAGCCCUUGGUCAUCUCUUUAUUCUUGUACGCAAAUACGAAGAGCAAAUUUCGCAAAGGGGGUGGGAGGGUAAGUGUCCACUCUGUGAACUGUUCAUUUCGGCGGCUGCUGAUUGUGUGGAGCUGUAUUAGUGCGGAGGAGAUUGACUGCGGGCGUCUGCCUCGUUCUUGCUUCUACCCCAUCCCAGCCAAUCACCACUUGAGCAGCAGACGAAAUGUACAUGUCCACUAAGUGGACAUUUACUGAAUAGCCCCUAGAUGAUUAGUAAGUACCGGGCUCCACAUGUACAUCUGCUACAUGUACAUGUUUAGCGUUCGAAUAACGUGGGUUAGACGUGAAUUAAGGAAGCUUGUAAUACACUACAAGGGUGGCUAUUCCAGAUUGUGUUCUUGAAUGACAUUAAUGGCACGUAAUGAACUUGGUAUCAACUCAUUGUAAAGAAUGAUGCAAAAAUAAUGUAACUUCAGGAAACCUACUGCGAUGGUGGCAGGGGAACUUGGCCAAUAAACUUCUGUGAAUAACUUGUACGUGUUGUGUGAUUGUAUUAUGCAUUGACUACACACUUCUCUCCUGUUUUUUCAGAAAGUAAUUCUAUUCUUCCAAUCUUGGACUCCAUUAUAUCUAGUGCGCGUAGAACUAGCUGUUGGAAUCAAAACGCUUGUGGUCGUUGGCGGAAAGCAAGCGGCAAGCCUUGCUUUUCGAUUACUUUGGAAAGGAUUGGUAGAAUUGGCAAAGGAAGGUUUCAAAGCGAAGCAUCAAUGGCGUGAACUAUAUGAAAGCCAAGGGGGAGUCGCCGGCUUCACAGGUUCCAGCGUUUGAGUCGCACGGCAUUGAGUCAAUUGAGUCACGGGGUGGCGAGUAGAAAGAUACGAGCUUUUUCUUAAUGUCAACGAAGAGUUCGCGCGUAAAAAGGGCACAUGUGUACCACACAAUCGUGAGCUCCGAACUCCGAACACAGCUCCGAACACAGAGAAAAAAUUCGUGCAUAAUUUCAUAAUUCGUACGGAAUAGCCCUAUAUAUAUAUAUAUAUAUAUAUAUAUAUAUAUAGCUGCCUAUGAGCGCCUUACCAUGUGUUACGUGUUCAGUUCAGCGAUGGUAUCUUUAAAGCGCCCAAGGUUUUCAACGACGGCAGCUAUCUUCAUGGAAAGAAACCAUUUGGAUACUCAUCUUUGAGCUCCACAAGUUCUCCAUUAAAAGUACUCCAUUUCUCUGCGAGUUUGUCAGUACAAUAAAUGGAUUUCGCCAACUAACAACUUAUGGUAAUUCGCUGCAAAAAUACUUCGAAUUGGUUAAAGAAUAUACUAGAUAAAUAUUGCUAGGUUGUUGCAACCCUUUGUUAGAGUUGGCGUCUGACACCACGUGGCGACAGGAAUUUCAUCAGACCAUCAUCGUCGAAAUGAGGCGAGAGAGAGAGAGAGAGAAAACUUUUAUUGUCAAGUUUUAGUCGAGCUUUCUUUCCCAGCGGUGUGGGCUAGCGUGGCGUCUGCUUUGCCGCGACGCUAUCAGCCCAUUCCGCCAACCGUAUCUGGUUGGCGAGACUUCUCCUACGAUGGUUAACGUCCCGCACUUCGCGCACAAAGAACUUUCUCUCACCCGACCUUCUACCAGGCUUCGUCGAAAUGAGGCGUGACUUGUGCGAUGGUUAACCGUCCCGCACCUCGCGCACAAAACUUUCUCUCACCGAACCUGUUACCAAGCCUCGUCGAAAUGAAUCGUGACUUUCUAAUUCACCAUGACCGUUUCGAAUGUGCCUGUCUGCCGGAAGCCCCGCAGUGUAAAGCCUCUUUUGUGUGUGUGUGUUUGUGUGUGUGUGUUUGUGCGAGUUUAGAGAGGCCCUUUCCUCGACUUGGACCUAGAAGAGAACUUCCACGAACCCGCAAAGCACAGAAGAGGCGGACAGGCGUCUACAAUUCCGGGAGGCGGGACGACUUGUUCCUUCAGCAGGCUCGGAUUAGCCAGAGGAGGAGGGGCCCUAUUUCUGUGCCUUGCACGUGACAUCGACGGAAGCAAGAUCCCGCCCACGAUUGUAGAGAGCCUAUUUAAGGGGCUCCGAAAUGUACUUUUAAUAACUUCAUGCUCUUCUCAUUUUCUUUCAUCUACCUUUGAAUAAACCGUGCAAGCUUGGCACUAUAAAA